AUGCAACGAGAGCAACAAAAAACGGAUGAGAUGUUUGCCGUCGUUACGGCUAACAGUACUCUUUCAUCAAAUUCAUCAAGCACUACGACACAACGAUCUGGUGUGACGACAAAUUUCUUGUAUAAGCUAAUUGAAAUAGCUGCCUAUACUUCAGUUUAUGCCAACGAUGCAUAUCAGAUUAUGACGACGGGUGGUGAUAAAAUUAAACAAGAGAUAAAAGAGAAUGACGGAACGUCUAAAAAGAUACAUAGUCGAUAUCAUAGUAUCGAUAUGUUGCGAAUCAACGUUGAUGAUUCGGAUGAUCCUGAUGCUAACAGUGAUGAAUUAAGUGACAAGAUUGCACAGAACAGUAACGGUGUCGAUUCAAAUUGGCUUUUAGAUAUGUAA